AAAACAAUAAAAAAUGGCGGGCAAUAUCAGCAUGAGUAAAGCAGUUUGUUUUUUUAAUGUUGCCACUUACGGCUAUACAAACAUAUAUGGAUUUCAGAGAUUCAGGAAUUUCAUAUUAAGUGAAGAUAACACUGUCACCUACCGCUUUAUAGCUAUGAAAAAUGAAUAAUAGCUCCGAUUAUAUUUACUGGUCUGAACUUCAUUGCUCAAAAGAUGCACUCACAGAUACAUAUGGGUGGUUCAUGCAAUUUCUACUGGCUGUUUUAGCGUUUACAUGUCUCAUAGGUAAAAGGUUUUGUGAGCCGCGAUAUGCUAGAAGACCUUGGUUGAUUUGGUUUUAUGAUACAUCAAAACAGGGGCUCGGUGCCCUUAUCAUUCAUGCUGCCAAUGUCUGGCUCUCGCCGCAUCUAACUGGUAAUCCAUGUACUUGGUAUAUCGUCAAUUUUAUGUUAGAUUCAACACUCGGUUUAUUGAUAAUUUGGGCGGGUAUCAGGCUAGCACAGUACUGUGCGAGGAUUUAUGACAUACCACUCAUUAACUUUGGAGAGUAUGGGAAACCUCCAAUGUGCUCAGCGUGGAUAUGCCAGUGUAUUCUAUAUGCUGCUCUGGCAACAUUUGCUAAGUCAGUACUGGCUUUGGUAUUGCGACUCCCUCCAGUUGUUGCAGUUUUAUCAACAUUGAGACUAUCACCAGUUUCUGACCCAAGAUUGGAGCUGGCUGUUGUCAUGCUCAUUAUACCAUUCUUUGUUAAUAUUCUAAUAUUUUGGGUGACCGACAACUUCCUCAUGUAUCGACCGAGGGGAGUCAGCAGUAAAAUAAAGACUAAGGUUAGAUAUCAGUCAAUAAAGAAGGACAAGUCAGGAUCCGAAGAUGACGAACAGUCUGCCGAUGAAAGAUUACUUGGUGCGAGCGUAUGACCCUACCCUCAGCCCGUUAUGCGGGCUUAGAUCUACUGUCUUGUCUUUGUCCUAGCUCUUUGCUCAUAAUUUAUACGACUUUAAUAUAUAUAAAUUCAUAUAAAUAUAUAUGUGUAGUUAAAUUUUUUAUAUCUGAUUUGAUUUAUACAAAAUUGAAACCGCUUUUUAUAUAUUUUUGGAACGUCUAUAGCAUAUUAUACAUAGAUAGUUAUCGGCAAUUAAUAAUGAGAUGCUAUUUAGUCACUUUAGUUUGUAACGUCAGGAGUCUCAAUGUGUUCUCGAACUUAACAUAUCUAAGACAUAUAUUUACUCACAGGAUUUUUUUAUGUAAAUCUUUAUUCAAAUGUAAACGCGAUAAAUUAAUUCAGUUUAUUAGAAUCUAAAUCAGAAAUAGAUAAUUAAAAAAAAAAAUGAAUCGUCCAUUUAGAAAUAGGAUAAACAUUUUAAAUAUGGAAUUGGAAUGUUAUUUUAUGACAAAUCAAUGGACAAAGGCAAUGCAGUGUCGUUGUCAUUAUUUCUAAUAUUAGAUAUCAAAAUGUAAAAUUAUUAUGUAUCAUAAGUCAUAAUAUAAUAUAAUUGUAUUUUUAACAGACACAUUUCUAUGGAUAUAUCUUUGUUUGUAUUCAAUCAUUAUCAUACUCUUCCUGUACUGCAUGUAUGAAAGCUUUAAACGGAUCUGUUCCAUUGAGUCCUAUAAUAUUUAAUAUACUCUGUGGAGCCAUUCACCUUUCGUCUUCUAUAAUCUGUUUCCAUUAAUGUUAGGGUGUACAAAAUAUGCCAUUGCUUAUAGUGUAUCGGAUGUAUAAAAAAAUAUUUUUAUAUGUUUAAUUUUUUUAUAUUAAAUUUAUUGGAUGUUCCUAAUAUGAGAAGUACUUAGAUUCCUUGGUGCCAUUCGUAUUGACGUUUACUGACAUCGAAUUAAGACUGAGAGGUCGUGUUUUAAUGUUGCACUCUCUUAUUGUUAAUAAUUUUAUUCUUAUUUGUUAUGACGACGAAUUAAAUUGGACAUUCCAUUGAUGUUUACUGUAUCAUAUUACGUGCUUGUUAACGUUGUAUAUAUUCUUUACCUCGUAUGAAGGAGCCAUUUAAAUAUACGUUCUUGUGUGUUGAGAACGCUCAAAUAAAGACAGUCCUUGAAUUAAAUCGUUUUGAGUGAAGCCAUACGAGUUUAUGUAAUGAUACUGCAAAGGUUACUAUAGGUUCGAUUCGGUUCAUAACAUUCCUCUUCUAGUUUUCAUUAAUUUCUGUGAACAUUUAGUAACGAGAUAUCCCCUCGUUUGCGGCCGUGGCCUCAUUCAUAUAAAAUAAAAAAAAAAAUGUUCCCGUUUUCGCGGCUCCAUAUUCCUUUAUUGAUUAGGUUUAUUUUUGUUUAUUAUCUACAUUUUCAUAUGAGUGAUAAAAUCAUUGAACGAUACCGCAUUUAUCUUUUAAAAUGACGUCAUAAUAUGAAAAGUAAUUUUAUUAUUAUUCUAUGGAAAUAUUUUAAAGAGAAUGUUCGCAUUUAUCUUGUUUUUAUAGAAUUAGGACUGUCUUAUAUAUAAAUAAAAUUGUCUAUAUAUUAAUAUAUACAUCAUAUACAAAGAAUGCUUGCGUAAUACGGAUCUCCCCAGUGCCUACACAGAUUAAUAUGUAAUAAGUUUAUUUAAAUAUAAAUAAAUAUAAGACGAAAAAGAUCGUGAUUUUAAGAGUUGGUAUUUAGAAAUCAUUUUAGGACUUAAUUUUUUUUAUUUAAUUUUUCUUUAUAAAUAUAUUUAGUACGUAUGAUAUUUUUAUAAUGUAACUAUUAUGUAAAUAUUCACGAAAAAUCCUUGUUUCAACCCUGGUGUAUAUAUGGACUAUGUAAGAAAUCUAUUGUCGGGUUUUUGUUUGUGCAAAUAUAAUAUCGAAGGAGUU